AUGCAAAGAAAUAGGAAUAUUGAAUCUGAAUAAAGUUUAUAAGUUAAAUUAACUGGAUCGAAUCGAAGGUCCUACCUUGAUGUGGCAUUAAAGGUAGAAUCUACUGUACUUAGCUUAGAAUAUGAAGAUUAGGCAUCUUAAAUUCCUAAAUCUACUCUAGUCAACAUAAAAAAAAGACAAAUUCUAAAUAAAUCACAAAAUAAGCACUCUAUAUGUGAUUAAUUGUCAGAGAAAUUCUAUUUAAAAUUUACUUUAGAUAAGAUACCGAUUAAAUAUUGA